AUGGUAAUGGGACCGGGAUCGGGAUCGGGAUCGGGAUCGGGAUUGGGAUUGGUAUUGGGAAAGGGAAUAAAAGUCGGGAUUGGGAUGCACAUUUCAAAUGUGCAGCGAUCUGCAGCGGCUGAUAAACCUCUCACUCAGGAAGCACCCUUUGUUAAAAUGACAAACGUUGUCUGUGAAUCAUACAACAAAUCAUGGGCCGUUUUUCAUUAUUGUCGACUGAAGGCCUAUUCGCGCAAUAAGACCAGCCUGAACAUAAAUGCAACGUUUUUACAUCCAGCCAACAAAGUAUCCCUCGGAUUGAAGUUGAUGAAAAGGGAAAAUGGCUAUAAGCCAUUUCUGUUUGAUUUCACCAUCGAUGCCUGCAAAUUUUUACAAAGGAGAAAUAAUCCCGUCAUCAAGAUGUUCUAUGAGUUGAUUAGAGACGUAUCUACAUUGAACCAUUCAUGUCCUUAUGUGGGCUUGCAGGUGGUAAGCGACCUUCAUCGCAUUACAUUUCCGGUACCAUUUCCAACUGGAGAUUACGGACUGUUUUUAGAUUUUAUAUUCGAUGGUAAGAAGCAGUUCUGUGUAAAUAUUUAUGUUCACAUGGUAGAGGAUUUUUAA